CACGAGCCGCAAAGCGUAUCUUAAGCUCCGCCCUUCCCCAAAUUUGUUAGCGCACUGCGCAUGCGCCUAUCUCCAACCAAGAUGGCGGCGCCCGUGCUGCGAGCCGGCCGACGCUGGCUGUCUGCUGGGACGAGGGCGUUGAGGCCGCGGCGGGGACUCCACGAGCAGCGCCCGAAGGAGAAAGGCUUCUUGGCCUCCCAGUGCGAGCGGGGCCUAUUCCAGGAGGUGUUCCCCCCGCAGGCCGCCGAGGAGCAGCUCCUCCGCCUCCUGGAGGCCGGCCGCCCGCCUAUCGCCGUCUACUGCGGCUUCGACCCGACCGCCGACUCGCUCCACGCGGGCCACCUCCUGCCUAUCCUGGGCUUGCUGCACUUCCAGCGCGCGGGCCACGACGUCAUCGCCCUGGUGGGCGGGGCCACGGCGCGGCUGGGCGACCCCAGCGGCCGCACCCAGGCGCGCGAGACCCUCUCCGAGGAAGAGGCGGGCGCGCGGGCGGAGGGGCUGCGCGAGGGCCUCGAGCGGAUCUUCCGCCACCACCGCGAGCUCUUCUGGGGCGGGGCGGGGGGCGCGCGCCUGGGCCGCCUCACCCUCUUGGACAACGCCUCCUGGCUGGCGCGCGAGACCGUGCUGGGCUUCCUCUGCGGCGCCGGGGGCCGCCUGCGCAUGGGCACUCUGCUCAGCCGCCAGAGCUGCCGCGCGCGCCUCGAGAGCCCCGAAGGCAUGGGCCUGGCCGAGUUCCUCUACCCGGCCCUCCAGGCCUACGACUUCCUCCACCUGCGCCAACACCACGGCUGCCUCGUCCAGCUGGGCGGCGCCGACCAGAUGGGCAACAUCAUGUCGGGAUACGAGCUGGUCUCCAAGGUUACGGGUGAAGAUGUAUUUGGAAUAACUGUGCCACUGAUUACAAAUACUGUUGGAAAUAAAUUGGGGAAAUCUGCUGGCAAUGCAGUCUGGCUAAACAGAAACAAGACCUCUCCUUUUGAACUAUACCAGUUUUUUGUCCGACAGCCAGAUAAUAUUGUAAAAAGGUAUCUGAAGCUUUUCACUUUCCUUCCUCUUCCGGAAAUCGAUCACAUUAUGGAAAUGCAUGCUAAAGAGCCUGAGAAAUGGGGACCGCAGAAACGACUUGCUGCCGAAGUAACUAAACUUGUUCAUGGCAAAGAUGGUCUGGAAUCUGCUAAGAGAAGUACAAGGGCCCUUUAUUACAGUGAUAUAGCGGCACUGGAGACUAUGUCUGAUCAAGAACUACAGGUGCUCUUCAAUGAGGCACCGUAUGUUGAGCUGCUGCUUGAACCUGGAACAACAGUACUCGAUUUGUGUCGGAAAGCUAACGCUAUUGCAGAUGGACCAAGAGGGUAUCGUGAUAUAACAAGUGGCGGAGUUUCUAUAAACCACGUCAAAGUUACUGAUCCUGAUGCUAUUCUUGUUCUUGGACAACAUAUUUUGCGGAAUGGUUUGUCACUCCUUCGGAUUGGAAAGAGAAAUUACUAUAUUGUGAAAUGGCUGCAGUUGUCACAUGAAGAGCAAAUCUGUUAACCUUUUUCGGGUAUAUUAUAAAAGCGCACAUUGCUUGAAGGCCUUCCAGACCUUCAUAUAACGUUAAAUGGGACAUCUGUGGUGUCAGUACUUUUUUCUCACUGUGUGAGAUUUAAACUAUAGGAUCACUUGGAAAAUGGAUUAUAUCUCAUUUCGUACUUCGAAUCACAAAAUAUGUAGAUUCUACCCAAAUAAUGUAAAAGUUGAAAAAUUGGUAAUAUUGCCUACAAUAAAAAACGCCAAAUAACUUUUCACUUAUAUUGUUUGUAUUACAAAAAAUAUGAAUGCAAAUAUUGAUGUGAAAAAGCAGCCUUCCAGACUGAAUAGUGUGGAUCCCUGUUUGAUAUCACUAUUCCUGACCUUUCCAGGGUAUAUUUUUGUAAACAUUUUAUUAUCACUCAGAUGUUGGAUACUGUUUCAUUUCAGCCAUGCAGUUCUAUCAGGUGCGUCCUGUUAAAUUCUUUUUGAAUAUUAAAUAAAUAUGUACAUUUCUAGA